GUUAACUUUGAAAAGAAGUAACAAAAGAAAAAAACCACCCUUUUUCCAUCAAUCCGACCAACACCAUACAAAGAUUUCACUUUGUGUUGAAGUUAAUUAAUUCAUGGGAUCUCUCCAAUACAAUCAAACAUCAAUUAUGUCCCCAAUUCCAUUUUCUUGUAACACUAUAAAAACAGCCGCCACAACAAUAAAAUCUUCUUGUUUUCGGGCCAUUGUUUCCAAGUAUUUCUGCACAUCUUCCCCAAAAGUAAAAGCAGUAAAACCAGCAAUAAGUAAAGUUUCUGCUGAUGAGCUUAAACAACAAUGGCUUAAUUCCCUUACUUGCGUGCCUAAGACAGAAAGUUUGAUGUUGCAGCAUGAGGAUGAUGAGAAUUGUGGGAAUGGUGGGGUUGUUUUCAAUAAUGCCGGUUCGCCGUGGGUUAUUGGGGUUGACCCGGAUGUUUCUGGUGCUUUGGCUGUCUUGAAAACCGAUGAUUUCGGCUUUUCUGCUCAGGUAUAUGAUUCCCCUAAUGUGAAAGUUCUGGUAGGCAACCGUAUACGUCGUCGAAUGGACACAAAGGCUAUGGUUCAGUUAUUGCGAAGUCUUGACAUUCCAAUUGGAACUACUGCGUACAUAGAACAAUCCCUUCCAUAUCCAGGAGACGGAAAACAGGGUUGGUGGAGUGGCGGAUUUAAUUAUGGGCUAUGGAUAGGCGUCCUACUAGCAUCCGAAGUUUCCGUAGUCCCGGUGCCAUCUGCGCGGUGGAAACAAGAGUUUAAACUGUCCGGGAAUGGCAAAACAAAGGAUGAUAGCAGGGCACUUGCAUGCACCUUGUUUCCAAUGUUAAGUUCAUCGCUGAAAAGGAAAAAGGAUCAUGGCCGGGCUGAGGCUUUGCUCAUUGCUGCAUAUGGGAAAGGCAUAAAGUUGAGCUCUGAUCUGACAAGUAUUUCAGAGUCAUCAACACCCACUGACAGAGAGAAUACUAUAUAGUAGUUGUGUGAUGCUCAUGUUCUAUAUCUUCAUGGCUAAGCACAGCUUGAACAUGCAUAUGGUUGAUGAACCUAGUUACACUUGGAAUUGCUGGUUCACAGUAUUCCAUUUCGUAUGAAUUCAAUCAGGCCGAUGCUAAUGUACAUGUGGCAUUGAUGGAUUUGGUUAACUAUUGGUAGUUUUUCAGUUACCUUGUUUCCCUUGUAGUUUACUUAUUUAGCUGAGGCCUAAAACUAUAGUUCUAGCUUUGACUUGUAAUCUGAGGAAUUUAGAGGUUGGAAAAUCAAUUUUAGCUAGGAAAUUUGAAAGAAGGAUGAGCAGCCUUUAUUCAACCACAGGGGAACAUAUAGAACCUGAUUCUUUUAUUCAUGCUAUAUUUACAGAUGCAAUUUAUAUGAA